AUGAGCGGGGGUGGCACUGUCACCGUCACCCCCUGGGCCAGCGGCAUCACCAUCACUGUCACCGCGGCGCCUGCCCUGGAGGAGCUCGGGGACACCGAGGACCUUGGGGACAUCGGGGACACCGAGGACCUUGGGGACAUUGGGGACAUCAAGAACCUUGGGGACCUUGGGGACACCGAGGAUGGAGGACAGGGCGGUGUCCCCAUCCCGUGUGACGAGGACAUGGGGGACAUUGGGGACAUCAAGAACCUUGGGGACAUUGGGGACAUGAGGAACAUUGGCGACAUUGGGGACAUCGGAGAUGUCACUGUCCUGGAGGACACUGGGGAUGGGGACGACAUUGGGGACAUUGGGGACAGGGACGUGUCAAACCUUGGGGACAGGGCUGUCCCCACCCCGAGGGACAUCGGGGACAGGGACAGCAGGGACAGGGAGGUGCCAGCCCUUGGGGACACGGGCGGUGGUGACAGCGGUGUCACAGCCCAGGGGGACAUCGGGGACUGGAAUGGUCGGAGGGACAUUGGGGACAGGGACAUUGGGGACAGGGACAUUGGGGACAGG